UGAAAUAUAGUUACAACAAUAUGUAAUUGGAUCAUAAGUAAUUUAGAGAAACUAUGGAGUUUGAACUCGAUGGCAGCCUCAAAGAAUGGGCUAAGGAUAAGCCUUUAAGCAUUUUACAGCUUGAUCCCGCUGAUAGAGCCGUACUCAGGAUAGCUGAUGAAAGAGAUGCAAUACAAAAGAAGACUUUUACAAAAUGGGUGAACAAACAUUUGAAAAAGACUUAUACAUGCCUACACGUGUGUGUAGUCGUUAGCAACCAGCCUUGCUGUUCUCCCCCUGCGACCAGAUAUAUUGGGGACUUAUUUCAAGAUCUCCGAGAUGGACACAAUCUUAUUUCUUUACUGGAAGUAUUAUCGGGAGAACAUCUCCCGAGAGAAACUUCUGGGAGCAUGCGGUUUCAUAUGCUAGAUAACGUAAGGAUAGCAUUACGUUUUUUACAAUGUAAGAAUAUUAAACUUGUUAAUAUUCAAGCAGAGGAUAUAGUCGAUGGUAAUCCUAAAUUAACUCUUGGACUUAUAUGGACCAUCAUACUUCAUUUCCAAAUCUCGGACAUAGUAGUUGGUCAAGAAUCGCAUGUGACAGCACGAGAAGCGCUAUUAGGAUGGGCAAGAAGAUCGACAGCUCGAUACCCUGGUGUACGAGUUAGCGAUUUUACAUCAUCGUGGCGUGACGGUUUGGCAUUCAGUGCCCUUGUGCACAGAAACAGACCAGAUCUUUUGGACUGGCGUAGCGCUCGCGCCUGGAAAGCGCGCGAGAGACUCGAACAGGUCUUUUACGUUGCUGAACGCGAAUAUGGUGUCACAAGACUCCUCGAUCCUGAAGAUGUGGAUACUCCAGAACCAGAUGAAAAGUCAUUAAUAACUUAUAUAUCAUCAUUAUAUGAUGUAUUUCCUGAACCUCCGACCAUUCACCCUUUAUAUGAUGUGGAUGCUCAAUGUCGUUUAAGCGAAUAUCAUGAUGUUGCAAGUAAUUUACAUCUAUGGAUGCGUGAAAAGAUUUCGAUGUCACAGGAUCGUUAUUUUCCGCCCACUCUGAUAGAAAUAAAGAAACUCGCAGCAGAUAAUAUAAAGUUUAAAAAUGAGGAAAUUCCACUCCGCUAUCGCGACAAACAGCGAUUAGCCAACACAUUUCGUGAUCUGCAAAAAUAUUUUGAUACCGUGGGUGAAAUAGAUAUUGAUCAAGAAUUACAUAUAAAUAUUAUUGAAAAGAAUUGGAAUCGUCUUAUGAUGCUACAUCAAGAACGGGAUCAAACAAUUAAUGAUGAGAUAAAAAGACUCGAGCGAUUACAACGACUCGCUGAAAAAGUUCAUCGCGAAAUGAAGUUAACUGAUAAUAGGUUAGAGGAGCUCGAACAACGAGUUGAAGAUGAAGGUCGAAGGCUCGAUCGUAUCCACCCUUUAGAAGCUAAACAUGGAGCAGAUUUACUUGAACAGGACAUUCGCAACACUGAAAUUCAGGUACAAAAUAUUUUCACAGAUGUACAUACUCUUACGGAAGGAAAAUAUAGUCAAGCAAUUGAACUGCACAAGCGAGUGCAGAAGCUACAUCAACGUUGGGUAGCUCUACGCUCAUUAUUGCACAAACGACUGAUGCAACCAUUGUCACUUGUAUCAUUUCCUGUCGAAGAACGCGUGGUUACAAAACACCGGACAACUGUACACGAAACUCGUUUAGUUGAUACUAAUCCUGAAUUUCGUAUUCUCCAUGACUAUAUAGAUUGGUGCAAAAACAAAUUCAAGCAAAUUAAUGAAGCAGAAUUCGGUUCAGACCUACCAAGUGUUCAAAUAGAGCUUGAUGUCCAUCAGCAUGAACAUAAGGCAAUCGAAAACUUUUAUGUUAACAUUGAAAAAAGUAUUCAGGCGAAGAGUAACUUUCAUGGUGAUGAACUCACAUUAUAUAAUCAGCAUCUUAGUCAACUUCAGAAAAUUUAUGCAGAACUCAGUAUCGUGUCUAACAAGCGUAUGUCUGAACUUGAAACGCUUCACGAUUUUAUCCAGUCAGCUACUGGUGAAAUUGUUUGGCUCAAUGACAAAGAGGAAACGGAGCUUACUCGCGACUGGAGUGAUAAUAAUCUUAACCUUCAUAGUGUUGAGCAAUACUACGAGUCUUUGAUGAGCGACCUUGAGAAGCGUGAAAUUCAAUUCUCAGCUGUACAAGAUCGUGGAGAAAGUCUAGUAUUACAACAUCAUUUGGCAUCUAAGACUAUUGAAGCCUAUAUGUCAGCAAUGCAAAGCCAAUGGGCUUGGCUGUUACAGUUAACGCUUUGCCUUGAAGUUCACCUAAAACAUGCUUCACAAAGUCAACAGUUCUUCACUGAAAUACAGCAAGUUGGACAGUGGAUCACAAAGAAAGAUGAAUUAUUAAAUACUAUUUAUUCACAGUCGGAAUUUAAUUUAAAUGAUGGCGAGCGCUUACUUAAAGGCAUGCAAGAAUUAAGGGAAGAACUAAAUAACUAUGGAGAUUGUGUUCAUAGACUCGUCGAACAGGCAAAAGAUAUUAUUCCCAUGAAACAACGUAAGCAACCAGUUACGCGGCCUUUACAAAUCACAUGCAUUUGUAGCUAUAAGCAAGUUAAUAUGUCUGUAGAAAAGAACGAACAAUGUAUUUUAUAUGAUAAUUCUGGCAGAAUUAAAUGGAGAAUUAAAAACUCCCAGGGAAUUGAAUCACCAGUACCGGGUGUCUGUUUUUCAUUUCAACCACCAGACAAAGAAGCGCUCGAUACCGUCGAAAAACUAAGAAGACAAUAUGAAAAAAGCGUGGCACUUUGGCAACGUAAACAACUACGUCUUAGACAAAACAUGAUCUUCGCUACUAUAAAAGUUGUCAAAGAGUGGACUUUACAAGAAUUUUUAGACAUGGGACAGGAGCAACGCACUGCUAUUAAAAAAGCCUUGAACGAAGAUGCAGAUAAACUUUUAGCAGAGGGUGAUCCCUCAGAUCCACAGUUACGAAGAUUAAAACGCGAGAUGAUCGAGGUAAAUCGACUAUUUGAUGACUUUGAAAAGCGCGCAAGAGCUGAAGAAGAAUCACGGCAUGCUGGGCAUAUUUUUACUGAGCAGAUCUCUUUACUUCAAGAGGCUUUAAAUGAUGCUGAAAAAAUCUUGAAUGUUCGUAUUUCGACUGCCCUACCACGUGAUUUAGAUAAUUUAGAACAUCUUGUGCUUGAACAUACAAACAACGAACAACAAUUACAACAACUAACAUCAGAUGUUGAACAGCUACAGGAAACGUUUCGUAGUAUUACUUUUAAAACUCCUCAAAUGAAGAGUAAGCUCGAUAAUAUUAUGAACAAAUGGAGUCACAUUUGGGAUCUAAGUAAUAUCUAUAUUGAACAACUUAAAUGCAUGGAUAUCCUAUUAAAUAGAUUAGAUGAAAAUACAACUACAAUAUCUGAAUUCGAGAUCAAAUUGGCGUCAUUUGACGAACUAUCGGCUGAAGUGAAAGAUUUACAAAAUACCCUUGAAGAUUUAAUGAUUCUACAGAACUCAAUAGUUCAACAACAAAUGCUCAUUGACCAAUUGAAUGAUGAUGCACAUACUGCUAGACGACUUGUUGAAAAAUCUCGACUUAAUCAUUGUGGACCUCAUGGAGAUAUGGAUAGAUUGGAUUUGGAAAUCAAUAAACUAAAUGCUAGAUGGACCAACAUCUGUGGACAACUUGUAGAUAGGCUUCGCAGUGCAGAAACUGCCUACAGUCUUUCUCAACAAUAUCAAACUUCUUAUCAUAAUGAAAUAAACUUGAUUGAUGAGAGUUAUAACAGGGUUGAAAAUAUACCUUCAAUUCAGAAUCAGGCCGAAGAAUUUGAGAUAAAGAGUUUACUCAACAAAGUAACUGAACGAGCUACUGCUAUUGAAUCAAUUAACGUUAUGGGAGGUCGACUGAUUCGUGAAGGAAAGAUUUAUGGUCAGAAAUUGCGAGUGUUCAAGCAACAAUUAGAAGAAUCGUGUCCAUCUUUGGAUGCUUCGGUGAAAAGACCGCGAAGAGAUAGUAAUAUAUUAAUUGAUAGCAUAACACAAGACCUCGAUACAAUCAACAAAAGAUAUACGGGUCUAGUCGGUGUUCUUCAAGAACGUGUAAGAAAAUUCGUUUCAACUUAUGCUGAAACCUCAAACGUACAGCAAGCUAUUGAAGAACAAUACAAAAAAUGUAAUGAAGCCAUUACAACUUUGUUGAAAUGGGUCAACGAAAUAGAAGACAAAUUAGCUUAUCAAGACGUUGUCAGCGAAGAUAUUCAAGAGCUUAGUAAUCAAAUGAAUAACUUAAAGCAAUUAAAAAUAGAUAUUGAAGCUCAUGGACUUCUAAUUUCAACAUGUAAUGAUCAAAUAAGACAACUUACACUUACUGACGUGGGCGACAUCUUUUCCAAUGAUGAAAUAUCAACAUUGGAAAUAAAUGGACGAUCUUUAAAGACUCGAUUUGAUAAAAUUUCAGAUCGAACAGAUAAACUACUUAAAAGACUCUUAGGUGCCAGAGAUGAACUUACUAAAUUCAAAAAUGAAACUACAACGUUCUUCACGUGGUUAGACAAAUCUCAAAAAAUACUAGUUGAUAAAGAACGUUCACUGAGCGAUCUAAAUAAUUUAAUGAAUAAUAUUGACAUAAAUCGAGAUUUUGUCAGUGAUAUAAUAGCUCAUCAAGCCGAUUUGCGUUUUAUUACCAUGGCUGCACAAAAAUUUGUUGACGAGAGCAAAGAAUACUUGCAUAUUCUUAAUGACUUCAGAACGAGCAUACCUCAACGAUUAUCGUAUAAGGAGUUAAUUUCCAGUCAAAACUCAGCUGUACGAAAUGAAGUGUUAAUUAUUACUAGUCAUUACAAAGAGUUGCUUUCUCGAGCAAAUAUCUUAUCUGAUCGAUUGUCAGGGAUUAAUGGGAGACAACGAGAUUAUCAAGAUGCACUCGACAAGGUUAAUUUAUGGUUAAAAGAAUUUGAACCUAAAGCACAUAAAAUAGUCUCCGAUCCUGUAGCACUUGAUCCAAAACAAGUUGAAGAUCAAUUAGUGAAGGCGAAGGCUAUUUAUAACGAAUUUUUGCCUAAUGAAUGUCUUAUUAAUAACGUUAAAACUAGUCUCCAGAUGUUGUUAAGAUAUCUAGAUGAUCAGCUCACUCCAAUUGAAAUUAAUAUACUCGAAGAACCUGUUCGUGAACUGGAAAAUAAAUACAAACAAUAUAAUAUUAUGCUUGCUAAUAAAUGCCAAGAACUUGAUACUGCAUUGGUCCAAUGUCAAGGAAUACAAGAUACUUUGGAUAAUCUAAUCGUUUGGCUAAAUAACGCGGAGAGUCAAUACAAGAAUCUUUCUCGGCCAGCGAGUUUGCAAAAGGAGCGUUUAGAAGAACAACAACGUGAGCAACGUUUGUUACAAGCAGAUUUGGAUAGCCAUUGCAUCAGUAUAGAAGCUGUAAGCACUAUUGUUGAGGAACUUCUUAAGAGUUCAAAUAAUGUAAGAGUUGCUAAGAGUAAUGAAAGUAAGCUUAAAGAUAUUCAAAAUAGAUUUGAAAAACUUAUGGAUAAAUCAAUUCAUCGAAGUGAAUAUCUCGACAAUAUAUCUCAAGAUCUUAAUAAAUUUUAUAUUGGAAGUAUCAAGUUUGAUAGUUGGUAUGGUCGUAUGAUUGAACUUCUUGAAUCAAAAGAUUUACAUAAGCUUAAUAUAUCCGAAUAUGAAGGACAAAUGAUACAACUUUUCGGCAAUCGAGAAGAUCAACGUGUCGAUUAUGAGAGUCUUAUUCACAUUGGAAAGAACUUAACAUCUAAAAAAGAUAUAACAGAUGCUGUAUUAAUCAGAGAUCAAAUGAAAAUUAUAGAAUCCCAAUGGAAAGGGCUUGGCAACCUUCUUGAUGAAAAACAUCGAUUAAGCAAGUCAUGUGCAGAACGGCUUUCUGCUUAUGAAAAGCUUCAUGAGCACGUCCUAGAUUGGUUGAAUCACUGCGAAAAUCGAGUGCAAUUGUUAGAUACAGUAGCUGUAAAUCUGGAAAAAAUUAAACAACAAAUUGAGGAAUUAAAACCUAUACAAAUAGACUAUCGGAGUUAUAGUAAUACUAUCGAUAAAAUUAAUGAUAUAGGUAUUGCCUACGAUAAUUUAAUAAAAGAACGAAGUAACAGUCCCAUGAGGCGGCGUGGCAGCAGCAGUCCCAUAAAAAGGCCAAACAUUCCUAGUCCAUUACACCGAAUGUCACAAGAUGGCCGUUCACCUUCCCCUACUAAAUCUUAUGUAACUCAAAGUCCGAUCUCUCCAGGCGGUAGCAGUGGUUUUAGUAGUCGACGUUCCAGCCAAGAUGGUUUCCAUUUAGAGGAACUAUCUCUAGUUCAACAACAACUUUCUGAAAUCAAUAAUCGUUAUGGAUUACUAGGAGUAAAGAUAUCUGAUCGUCAAAAUGAACUUGAUAAUAGUCAAGAAGAAUUAAGAAAAUAUAUAGAAAAUUUAAAAAUAUUAUCAAAAUUUCUUGAUAAGAUUCAACGUAAACAACCAAAGGAUAUUAUUCCAAAAACAAAAGAAGAAUCUGAUAAAACAGUUAAACAAAUUAAAUUUGUGAUUGAAGAAAUGUAUGAAAAGCAAUCUCUUCUGGAUAGUACAAAAAUCCAAAUACGUGACCUUGUAAGACGUAAAACUAAUGCCAGUGGAGCUAAUGAAUUGAAUAAUGAACUUGAAGAUGUUGUUAAUUGCUGGAAAGCAAUAUCGAUAAAAUGUAAAGAGAGAAUAAAAUUCCUUGAAAAUAUCAAAGAACUUUAUGAUACUCAUGAAGCUUUAAACUCUUGGCUUGGAGUAAAAGAAAAAAUGUUGGGAGCCUUAGGUCCUAUUUCGUCAGAUCCAAGAAUAGUGGCUAGUCAAGUACAACAAGUCCAAGUUCUUCGAGAAGAAUUUAAAACUCAACAACCCCAACUCGAUCAUUUAAUAGAAGUUGGAGAAAAUGUACUUGUUAAAAUAUCAAUUGAUUCAUCAGAUGGACAUCAAAUAAGACUUAAAUUAAAUAAUAUUCUGCAAAGGUGGGCUGAUCAAUUAAGUCGUCUUGAAGAACGGGCUCAAAGCCUCGGUGAUGCAGUUGAUACCAGUCGUGAAUUCGACGCUAGUCUUAAUCGUCUACCCGACGCUUUGCAAAAAAUUUCAGACAAUUUAGAUGAUCUUCCCCUUGAUAAGGAUCCAGAAGAACAAUUGCGUAAAAUUGAACAUAUAGAAAGACAACUAGAAGGUCAACGACCACUAUUGGCUGACGCUGAAUCUGCUGCUGCACAACUUUGCGAUGUAUUAAGUGAUCCAACUUCAAAAUCUGAUAUUCAAGGAAAACUUGCAUUAGUUGGAAAACUUUACAAUAAUUUACAGAAAAAGGUGGAUUAUAGAAAAGCUGAGAUUGAAGGAAAUCUCAAAGAUGAGAGGCAAUUUGAGGUAUCUUGUAGUAAAACUCUAGGAUGGCUUUCAGAUGAACUCGGCAAUAUGUCUGAAAAAUUGUUGGUAUCUGCUAAUCGCGAAAUUCUUCAGCAACAACUUGAUCAUCAUGAGCCAAUCUACAGAAAUGUUAUGAGUAAAGAGCAUGAAGUUAUUAUGUUGUUAAAUAAAGGCCGUGACAAUCUCAUAAAAUCUCAAAAAAUUGAAAAUAGAAACCUUCAACGAGACGUAGAUAGAAUGCAAUCACAAUGGGACCGACUAAAAAAAGAUAUGCUUGAUAGGCACACAAAAUUACAGACUUGUACAUCACAUAGUAAUAAGUAUUACAAGACUCAAAAUGUAUUUUAUCCAUGGCUACGAUUGGCCGAAGAUAAACUUGAAAGUUUAAAUUCUACCUCAUUUAAGCGUAAGGAUAUCGAAAAGCAAUUAAAAGAACUGGCAUCUUUUAGAAAUGAAGUGUGGAAAAAAUCUGGUGAGUUCGAAAAUAAUAAUAGUCUCGCAGAGACUUUUAUAAGCGCUUGCGAUAUUGACAAAGACGUUGUUAAAAGUGAACUUAAUACAGUGAAAACGCGCUGGGAUAAAUUAAAUAAUGAUCUGUUAGAACAAACACAGUCACUGGAAGAUACUGCUAGACAUUUAACAAACUUUAAUGAAAAUUUACGUGAUUUAGAGCAUUGUUUACAACGAUGUGAAGAUAAACUUGCAUCUCAUGAUGCUCUUGGAGGAGCUGCCAAGGAUCCAAAAUUACUUGAUCGGAUCAAGAAUUUACGAGAAGAAACUGUAACUCUGAAACGACCACUCUCAGCUGUACAGCAACAGGCAACGGAUUUAAUACAUAAAGCUGGUGAUCAAGGAGUAGAUGCAACUCAUUUGCAAGAUGAAGUAGAUAGUAUUUACGACCGAAUUGAAGAUCUACAAGCUAAAUUAGAUGAUAGGUGUAAUGAGCUUCAAAGUGCAGCAACAGCCGUCGCUCAAUUUACAGAUAUUCUUCGUAAUCUUAAUCAAGAAUUAUCUAAUUUGGAAAUGGAAUUAGAUGCUCUUAAGCCUUCUGGUCGUGAUAUACGAAUCGUACGUGAACAGAUCGAAAAGAUUAGAGAGUUUGUAAGUAAAAUUAAUAAACUGUCUGUUGAAGUGACAAAAUUGGUAAAUAGUGGUGAAAAUUUGGUGGAUUCUGGCUUUGCCACCGAUGCUGUAGCAACAAGAGAGCAGAUCGAAUUAUUAAAAAGACAGCUUUCAAAGUUUGAAGAACGUGUACAUGAUCGUAAAGUAGAACUUAAUAAUAUACUCAGCAGAUUACAGCAAUUUUGUCAAAUUCAUGGCAAUAUUAUAGAUGAUAUAAAUAACGUUCAUGAACUGUUUACAAAAAUGAAACCAGUAGCAUCUGAUGUUGAUUCUAUUCGUGCACAGCAAGAUGAUUUCAGAGCUUUAAAAACCGAAAGAAUAGAACCAAUUAGUCGAUCAAUUGACAACUGUAAUUCUAUUGGUCAAGGACUCAUUCAAACUGCUGGACGAGACGUCAAUACCAGCAAUAUUGAAAGGGAUUUGGAUAAAAUGAAUGAAAAAUGGAACAACUUGAAAGAAAGGUUAAGCGAACGAGAUCGACGUUUGGACGUUGGACUACUACAGUCAGGUAAAUUCCAAGAAGCGCUUGAUGGACUAGCAAAAUGGCUUACUGACACAGAAGAGAUGGUUACCAAUCAAAAAUCUCCAUCAUCGGACUACAAAGUUGCAAAAGCACAAUUGCAAGAGCAAAAAUUUUUAAAGAAGAUGCUGCUCGAUCGACAGAAUUCAAUUUCAUCAUUGUAUAAAAUGGGUCAAGAUGUAGUUGCAAGUGGCGAUUCGAAAGAGCGUAAAACCAUCGAAAAACAGUUAAGAAAUUUAAUGGGUCGAUUUGAUAACUUGACAGAGGGUGCAGUUGAACGAAUGCUAUCUCUUGAGCGCGCUAUGGCUGUAGCUAAAGAAUUUCAAGAUAAAUUAAUGCCAAUGAUCGGUUGGCUUGAGCGCUGUGAAAAAAAAAUUCGUGAAAUGGAACUCGUGCCAACAGAUGAGGAGAGAAUACAACAGUGUAUUGAUGAACAUUCACAUUUACAUGAAGAUAUACUUUCAAAAAAAAUCAACUUCGGUGAACUCACCGAUAUUGCAAGUACACUUAUGGCUCUUGUUGGUGAAGAAGAAGCAACUGGUCUAGCAGAUAAAUUACAGGAAGUUGCCGAUCGAUAUUCAGUGCUCGUUGAACGAUCUGAGGCUCUUUUUGAAUUAUUACAACAUUCUAAAAAAGGUUUGCGUCAUUUAGUACUUAGCUAUCAAGAACUUCAGAUCUGGUUGGAAAGUAUGGAAACUCAGUUAAGCAAAUAUCGGAUACUCACUGUUCACACAGAGCGAUUACUUCAACAAUUCGAGGACCUUUCAGAUCUUAACGAAGAACUUGGAUCACGGCGAAUUGCACUCAAUGAUACAACAGAAGCUGGACUUGAACUUAUGCGACAUAUUUCUGCGGAUGAAGCAUUGCAACUGAAAGAUAAACUUGACUCAUUACGACGACGUUAUAGUGAGUUAUCAAUAAGAAAUACAGAGCUUUUAGAACGAGCUCAAGAAAUACUUCCGCUUGUACGACAAUUUCACGAAAAUCAUAGUCGCCUUAUGGAUUGGAUGCAGACUGCCGAGAAUAUGUUGCAAGUAGCCGAGUCAGAUGAACAAGAUCUUAUUCGUCUUGAGUUUGAGGUUACUGAAAUCCGAGCGGUGCUUGAUCGUAUUAAUAUACUCGGGCCACAACUCUGUCAAGCUUCCCCUGGUGAAGGUGCUGCAAGUAUUGAGGCGCUCGUAAUGCGUGAUAAUCGACGUUUCGAUACAAUAGCUGAACAAAUUCAGCGGAAGGCUGAACGAUUACAUCUGAAUAAACAACGAGCUCUUGAGCUUGUCGGUGAUACCGAAGAAUUGCUGGAGUGGUUUCGUGAAGCUGAUUGUCAAUUACGUGACGCAGAACGACCAAGUGGUGAACCUGAAGUUGCUCGCAUUCAAUUGAAAGAACAUCGCGCACUUAACGAUGAUGUAUCUGGACAACGUAGUCGUGCACGUGACAUUUUAUCAGCUGCUAAACGAUUACUACGUGAACUUGGUCAACAUGAGGAUAGUGUGUCAAUUCGUGAUCGUGCGGAGGAAUUACGGGAACUUGCCGAUACUGUGGGAGUACUUGCAGCAGAGCGUUUAGCCGCUCUUGAACAAGCGUUGCCAUUGGCUGAACAUUUGCGCGACAGUCAUUUAGGAUUAGUUGCCUGGCUUGAAGAAGCCGAACAACAAGUAUCAGCUUUACCAAUGCCUGCUCUACGUCCAGAACUUAUAGCAUUACAACAGGAUCGAAAUGAAUUACUAUUACAAAGUAUUACUGAACAUAGACCACUCAUUGAGAAACUAAAUAAAACAGGAGAAGCAUUAAUGCAUCUUUGUACUGAAGAAGAAUCUGAUCGAUUACAAGAACUUGUCGAUGGGGAUAAUGUACGAUAUACGGCCUUACGUACUGAAUUACGUCUUCGACAAAAAGCACUUGAAGCUGCGCUACAAGAGUCAUCUCAAUUUUCUGACAAACUCGAAGGAAUGUUGCGUGCUCUUUCUGGUACAGCUGAACAAGCGUGUACAACCGAACCUGUAAGUGCGCAUCCAACUCGACUUCGUGAUCAAUUGGAAGAAAAUGCAGCGCUUGCCGAUGAAUUAGCACAACGAUCAGAAGCAUUUGCUGCAGUAUGUCGUGCAGCUGAUGACGUUAUCAAUAAAGCUGCUGGUCGUUCAGAUCCUGCAGUGCGUGAUAUAAGACGUAAGCUAGAUAAACUCAAUAGCCUUUGGAUAGAUGUACAUAAGACGACGAGCGAUCGAGCACACAGUUUGGAUGACGCAUUAACGGUAGCGGAGCGUUUUUGGUCAGAGUUAUCAGGUGUUAUGUUAACAUUGGCAGAACUACAGGAUGCAUUGGCUAGUCAGGCUCCACCAGCAGCCCAACCAAUUGCUAUCGAGCGACAACAAGUAGCGCUGCAUGAAAUUCGCCAAGAAAUAGACCAAACUAAACCAGAUGUUGAACAAGUCCGUCAAUCAGGCCAGGAAUUGAUGGGUUUAUGUGGUGAACCAGAUAAACCAGAAGUACGAAAGCACAUCGAAGACCUUGAUCAAGCAUGGGAUAAUGUUACAGCACUUUAUGCCCGUCGCGAGGAAAAUCUCAUUGAUGCUAUGGAGAAAGCCAUGGAAUUUCAUGGUACACUUGAUGAUUUACAUACUUUCCUUAAAGAAGCUGAAAAAAACUUUGUACACAUGGGAGCACUUGGCAGUGACAUUGAUGAAAUAAAAAAACAAAUUAAAGAAUUGGCUCAAUUUAAGGCUGAAGUUGAUCCUCGUAUGGUCAAAGUUGAAGCUUUGAAUAGACAAGCUACGGAAUUAACUGAGAGAACGUCAUCAGAGCAGGCUCAAGCUAUUAAAGAGCCACUAGGAAUAGUUAACCGAAGAUGGGACGAACUACUCCGUGGAGUUGUUGAGCGCCAACGUCUACUGGAAAACGCAUUACUGCGACUAGGACAAUUUCAACAUGCUUUAGAUGAACUACUUGUCUGGAUCGAUCGAACAGAUCGAACGCUUAAUGAACUACGACCAGUUGCUGGUGAUUCCCAAAUUAUAGAAGUUGAACUCGCCAAAUUAAAAGUUUUAGUUAAUGAUAUUCAAGCCCAUCAAACAAGCGUUGAUACUCUAAAUGAUGCUGGACGUCAACUGAUUGAAGAUGGAAAGGAUACAGUAGAAGCUUCUACUACUACCGAGAAACUUAGCACAUUGAAUCGACGCUGGCGAGAUCUUUUGCAGUGUGCUGCGGAUAAACAGCGAGAACUUGAAGAUGUCCUGCGCGAAGCUCAGUCUUUUACUGCUGAAAUUCAAGAUUUGCUCUCAUGGCUGGGUGACGUUGAUAAUGCAAUUGUUGCAUCAAAACCUGUAGGUGGUCUUCCGGAAACGGCAUCUGAACAACUGGAGCGUUUUAUGGAGUUAUAUAAUGAAUUGGAGCAAAAUCGCCCUAAAGUAGAAACAGUUUUACAGCAAGGCAAGGAAUAUAUGAAACGCACGAUUGAUAAUAGUGCAUGUGGCCUUAAUCACAAUCUUCGGACACUUAAACAACGUUGGGAUAAUGUUACUUCUCGAGCCAAUGAUAAAAAAAUCAAACUUGAGAUAGCUCUAAAAGAAGCUACUGAGUUUCAUAAUGCACUUCAAACUUUCGUUAAUUGGCUUACAAAUGCAGAAAAAAUUCUUACAAACUUAAAGCCAGUCUCGCGAAUUAUGGAAACUAUUCUUGAGCAAAUAGAAGAGCAUAAAGUUUUUCAGAAAGACGUUGGCAUUCAUCGAGAAACUAUGUUGAACCUCGAUAAAAAAGGAACACAUUUAAAAUAUUUUUCCCAAAAACAAGACGUUAUACUCAUAAAAAACCUUCUUAUUAGCGUUCAACACAGAUGGGAACGAGUUGUUUCCAAAUCAGCCGAGAGAACACGAGCUCUUGAUCAUGGAUAUAAAGAAGCGCGUGAAUUCCAUGACGGCUGGUCAAAUCUAAUGAACUGGUUGGAUGAAACUGAAAAGACUUUAAAUGAUGUUGUUGAUAGUUUGGGAGGUAAUGAUCCUGAAAAAAUUAAAAUUCGCUUGCAAAAACAUCGGGAAAUUCAAAAGGAAUUAAGUGGAAAGCAAAACAGUUAUGACACAAUUAUGAAAAGCGGUAAGAUACUGAAGGAUAAAGCACCUAAAAAUGAUGAACCAGGACUUCGUGAACUUUUGAAUGAAUUGAAGAAUAAAUGGACGAGGAUUUGUAAUAAAAGUGUCGAUAGACAGAGGAAGUUAGAAGAAGCCUUACUGUUUUCUGGACAGUUUAAGGAUGCUGUACAGGCAUUACUUGACUGGCUGCAAAAAACGGAGAAAUCGUUAUCUAAUAGCGGACCACUGUAUGGUGACUUUGAUACCGUAAUAAAUUUAGUCGAACAACAUAGAAAUUUAGAAAAUGAUUUAGCAUCACGUGCCACGCAGAUGGACUCAGUUACUAAAACUGGUCAAGAACUUGAAAGUAAAGCUACGCUCGAAGAUGCUUCCACUAUUAGGUAUCAAUUAUCUGAACUACACUCGCUUUGGAAUAUAGUUACAAGGCUAUCAAAUAGCAAGUCUAUAGGUUUAAAAGAAGCUCUUAAAGAUGCUGAGCAACUUCACAAAGCAGUUCACAUUCUUCUUGAAUGGCUCAGUAAUGCCGAAAUGAAGUUACGUUUUACUGGACAAUUACCUGAAGACGAACAAGAAAGCAAAAAUCAACUUUUAGAACACGAAAAUUUUCUAAAAGAAUUACGAGCGAAAGAGAUUGAAAAAGAUAAUACUCUUGAAUUGGCCCGUAUCAUUCUUAUUAAAGCACAUCCCGAUGGAAUUAUUGUAAUAAAACACUGGAUUACUAUUAUUCAAUCUAGGUGGGAAGAAGUAGCUACUUGGGCGCAUCAACGUAAUCAAAGACUUGAAAACCAUAUGCAGGGCCUUCAGGAUCUUGAUAACCUACUAGAAGAAUUACUUACUUGGCUCGAAGGACUUGAAAAUACUUUGAUUAACCUAGAAGCUGAAUCUCUACCGGAUGAUCGUUUUACUCUUGAAACGUUUAUUUCCGAACACAGAGAAUUUAUGGAAAAUACGGCUAGACGACAAAAUGAAGUAGAUCGUAUUUGUAAAGCACGCCAAAUUAAACCUAUUAAGGAUUCACGCAAAUUGAAGAGCAAAUUAUCUACAUUUAUCCGAACCAGUCCAGGUCGUGAAAAAACACCAGAUCCGUCACUGCCUCAUAUUGGUCCACGCUUUCCACCAAAAGGAAGUAAAGGAACUGAGCUAGAGUUUCGUAAUCCACGAGUCAAAUUUCUUUGGGAUAAAUGGAGAAACGUUUGGAUGUUGGCAUGGGAGCGUCAACGGCGACUCCAAAAUAAGUUAAAUUACAUUGAAGAAUUGGAUCGAGUUGCAAAUUUUAAUUGGGAAGAAUGGCGCAAAAAAUUUUUAAAGUUUAUGAAUCACAAAAAAUCUAGAUUAACGGAUUUAUUCAGAAAAAUGGAUAAAAACAAUGAUGGACUUAUACCAAGAGAUGACUUUGUUCAGGGGAUUCUUAAUACGAAAUUUGACACAUCUCGUAUGGAAAUGGGCGCUGUUGCUGAUUUAUUCGAUCGUCAUAGUGAAGGUCUUAUUGAUUGGAAGGAAUUCAUAGCAGCUUUGAGGCCUGAUUGGGAAGAAAGACGCACAUAUAAUGAUACUGAUAAAAUUCACGAUGAAGUUAAACGUUUAGUGAUGCUAUGUACAUGCCGACAAAAAUUUAGAGUAUUUCAAGUAGGAGAAGGAAAAUAUAGGUUUGGCGAUAGUCAGAAACUUCGAUUAGUUAGAAUUUUACGCUCAACUGUUAUGGUUCGAGUUGGAGGUGGAUGGGUUGCUCUAGACGAAUUUCUUUUAAAAAAUGAUCCAUGUCGCGCCAAAGGAAGAACGAAUAUUGAGCUGAGAGAACAAUUUAUACUGGCGGACGGGGUGAGCCAAUCUAUGACAGCCUUCAGGUCCAAACCAAACCCCACUUCCGCACGCAACCAAUUGUCGUCGGCUGGACCGAUUACUAAGGUGAGAGAACGUAGUGCUCGAAGUUUACCAAUGGGACAAAUGAGAACUUCACGGACAUCAUUGAAUGUUGGUGCAUCUGACAGCCUUAGUGAUAACGAAAGUUCUUUUCGUAUUUCAUCCAGGAAAAUAAACACAUCUUAUAAACAUACUUUAACACCAGGAAUGCAAGCAUUGUACAUUUUACACAUACACUAUAUAUUUUAUAUAUUGUCAUUCGUGAACUUAGGAAUGAUAAAAGCAUUGAUACAAUGUUUAAUUAUAGGAGGUAGUCAUCCUUCUAGCAGAUCAACAAGUCGACCAACUAGUAGACCAACAUCACAACAAGGCAGCAAACCAUCUAGUCGAUACGGUUCAACGCAAUCGUUAGAUAGUACUGAUGAUCCAAGUAUUCCAAGUCGCAUUCCAAGAAGAAUGAGUGGAAAUACAUCUGUUUCUAGUCGACGUAAUAGUGUAUCCAAUAAAAGACUAACUAUUUCUAAUGCGAAUGGUUCUAUUUCUCGACCACGUACUCCAACUGAUUUAGGCAGUCCCACCAGUGGUACACUUUCCAGGUUAAGUGCAAUGAAUCGAGCUUCAAGUAUACCAACUCUGACAGGUGUUGGAACAUCAAUUAGUCGAUCACAGAUUCCUGUGUGUGUGAAGACAGAGAUAAAAUCUCCCCAAUCUACAAUCAGUAAUAUAUCCACUCAUUCAGUGCAAAGUAACCAAUCAACCAUUUCUACUGAUUCUACUGGAACAAGAACACCAUCGAGUGGUACAAGUACGCCUUUACCUCCAGUUUCAAAGCUGACUAGAAAACCAUCCGGAGCAUCUGAUACCUCUAUGUCAAUAUCGAUUCAAAGAAAAGGAAAACAGCCUACACCAAUAGAACAAAGAGCUCCAUUUAGAUUGUAAUAUUAAUCUCAAAUUAUAUAAAUGAACAAUUUAAAUUAGAAAAGUAUUGUUAGAA